GUAACAGUAUUACGUACAAGCGUUGGUGCCAUAAUAAUAAAAGAGUUGCGUCAAUCUGAACAUACGCCCCACGAUUUCGCCAUGAAAAAGCAAGCGACAAGUAACAAAGGCAUAGCCCUUAAAUUUAAGAAACGAUUGUCUGACACGAUUUCUGAUGAUAUACUAUCGCCCACAACGCCUUCAGUCUCCGAUACUUCAUCUACAGCAUCGAUACCAAUUAUGACAGCCGGUGUCAAAAGCAAGAGGGACUGGUGA